CAGGGAAGUUACAUCAUCGGCUGCCCCACCAAAGAUGGAAAGUCGCAGAGCUUAAGGUACAAGGCAACCGCCCGAACUUGAACUGAAUAUUGAUGAUCACUUUGAUAUACGGAUGGAACUUUCCAUUAACAACUUUAAGAGGAAACCAUACGAUUCGCAUCAUAUUCUAAUUUAAAUUUACUUUUACAUUCAUACUUCCACGACUCUUCCGUUUCUACCAUGACCACCUACAAGUCCACCCCGCUAUAUGGAGGGGCACUCAUUUGCGACCUUCCAGCCAAUUUCGCCGACGUGAGCAACAUAAGGCAGGUCCCCGACAACCAAGAAGUUUACAUCGAUAAAGAUGGCUUCACAAGCAUCAUCUUCGAUAUCGCCGAGCGAGUCGGUGGUCCAGGAAGCGGCGCCGAGAUCGACGGUCGCGCCUUGACUACACACCUCGAGGACCUCGUCGCCGAUGAUAUCGAUCGCGUUAAGGUCUGGAAUACGACGCCUACCCUCUUCUCGCGACUAGAUGAGGAUAUACCAGCUUAUACUCUGAUCGCGACCGUGUCACCCCGAAAAUCCGACUCCGCAUCUGCCUCGGACGCCGACGAGCGAUCGAGCACGAAGACGGACUUCACAGCCAUCAUUUUGACUCUAGUUCGCCUCGAACGUGAGAAGACCGACCUAUUAAUUACUAUCAAUGUUCCCCAUAUACGCGGCGAAUAUGACGAGGAAGACGUCGACCUUCAGCUCGGAAAGCAGGGUAAACUUAUCGGCGACGCCGUCGAUUAUGCUGCCAAGAUCUGGGAGACCUUCAAAGUGAAAGAUUGGGGCCUAUUCAACGAGGUCUAAGGAUAUUAAAGAAGAGAAAAUGGGAAGAUGAAGAUAAUGGCGGGAACAAUGCUCCUUAGAAUUGGGUUGGCGACACACUACGAAGGCAUCUGGAUUGGCAACGGGGCAAAUAGGAGGGCGGAGGUGGGAACGAAGGAUUAAAGUGAGGGAUCCAACAUGGGAAUACUUCGAGAAACUAUUUGCGCGUCUUUUGUCUUGCUUUGGAGAGUCCCAAUUGGGCUUUUGGUAUGAAUUAUGAAUCGACAUCUUGCACCACGGAGGGCUUCAAACUAGCGAGUUAGCUACAGCAAACCCAAAAGGGAUGGCCUAUUC